UGACUCCGCACAGCUGUUGCUGGCUGUCCAAGUAGAGCAGUAGUGGUCGAUCCCUCUAAGCCGAAGACAGGCUAAUUUUAAUAACUAUCUUGACAGUUAUAUUCAUAAUAUCCAUAUAGUGUCCGUGUACAUCAGACAGCCUUCCGAAGCACUGGGAUAUGGCCAGGCAAGAACAGAUCCUGCUGCUAGACCCACCACAUGAGCUCAAAUUUAGAGGUCCAUUCACAGAUGUUGUCACUGCAAACCUAAAGCUUGCAAACCCCACAGACCGGAAUGUGUGUUUUAAGGUGAAGACCACUGCACCACGGCGCUACUGUGUGCGGCCAAACAGUGGUGUCAUUGAUGCUGGGACCUCCAUCAAUGUAUCUGUUAUGCUCCAGCCCUUUGAUUAUGACCCCAAUGAGAAAAGCAAACAUAAGUUCAUGGUGCAGUCAAUGAUGGCGCCUCCAGACAUGGGAGACAUGGAGGGAGUGUGGAAAGAGGCGAAACCGGAGGAGCUGAUGGACUCUAAGCUGAGAUGUAUGUUUGAAAUGCCCUCGGACAGCGAUAAGACUCAUGAAGGCGACAGCAACAAGAUCCUGUCCUCCUCCUUGCUGAAAUCGGAAUCCUCCCUGCCGAAGUCCGCCAGUGCCUCGCUGGACGAUGGGGAAGUGAAGAAGAUCAUGGACGAGUGCAAGCGGCUUCAGCUGGAGGUGCAGAGGCUCCGUGAGGAGAACCGACAGUUCCGGGACGACGACGGGCUGAGAAGGAGGAAGAAUGUGGCUGCCUCUGCCCCCAUGUCUGCCCCGGGGUCGGGCACUGCUCUGAGGGAGGAAGGGCUCACCACCCGUGUGCUGGCGUUCUGUGUUCUCUUCUUUGUCAUCGGCGUCAUCAUCGGCAAACUGGCCUUGUAGGCAGCAGGGCCGUGGGGCCUGAAGGCAGCAGCAUGCUUUAGGAUGGAACAGACAGAAUGGGACGGGCCGAGGGGGGGAGUGCCCUGUCACGGCUUUCAUCCAUUAGAUCAAUUAUUUAAGAUAACAAUUUGGAGAGGUAAUCAGUUAUAUAAUGAAAAAAGAAGACCCAAGUCACAGAUCUUGCCUUUUAAUCAUAGUGUACCCCCCCACCCUUUCACCUAGAUACUCUUUUAAAAACCCCUCCCUGCAUCUCUCCAUUUCACCAUCCCUCUCUUUUUCCUACCUCCCUCUUUAUCCCCUGUUCCUUUUUUGCACAAUUAUGUUUAUUUGGGGGGAGCGGGGCUGGGGGUUUUGGGUGGUAAGUUUGUGUUAAUAGACCUUUUUUUUUUUUUUUUUUUUUUUUUUUUUAAAGAUGACUGAGGUUGCCCUUUUACAUCCUGGUUGAAAAAGGUGUUGUGUGUAAUUGUUCCUGAGGUGUUUGAUAGGAGGGCAGGAGAAUGGAAUGCUGGGGGAAGGCUAGCGUAUGUGUCAUCCUGUGGUUGUGAUGGUUGUAAAAAGUUGAGUUGGCGGACUCCUUGUGUGAAUGAAAUGUCACUUCCUCUGUAAACACUGCACUGCACUUGUUCCGUUUGUAUUAGUUAACGGCCAUGUUUCAGUAAUGAGAGAUGGCCAUUGUUUUUUUUUGUUCCUCACGUUUUUUGGUGUGUGAGUGAUUUCCUGUAGACUCCUGUGCUGACACAACAGUGUAGGGCUGCACAGGAACCCUGUUCUAGCCGAGGGGCAAAGAUUCUAUGACAAAUCACACUUAGGUUUCACCAUUUUCACUGCAAUAUACUUUAUGGCAAACAACUGCCCCCUGAGGCUGCCCCAUGUCUCCAGAGGUGGUGCACCUCAUAUACACGAAACAAAUACACACACAUACACACACACACACACACACAAACACAAGAAAGAGAGCAAUGACUUGGGUGCCGUCCAUUCAAAGUGCUCCUCCUACUUGGUUUUAUAACAUCUACACUUGUUGCUUCUGCAUCUCAUGUGUACUGUAAUUAUUAGGCUAUUGUCAUUGUUUCCUCUUUUUUUGUAUUCAUAUUAGCCAUAACUGUAAUCAUGAGCUUUGUAAAGAGCUGUAUGCUAAUGGACUUCUCACUGUUUCUGGGGGCAUGGAAACAUUUGGGGGGCUUCCCUUGUGUUUAAAAACGACAUUAAAUACUGUCUAUUCCAAAGGGACCAUCUAAUCACUA